CCAAGUCUCGCAACUCGAAAUCAAAUCUCAAGGCUGUUCUCCCCGCCCAACCCGCAACCAGCACGCCCAUACGUCCGAUCCAAUUGCUCGUCCCGAGCUGCGCCGUCAACCGUCAAACACUCCAUACGACCGUCGCGAUGCUGGCCCGCGUUGCGCUCUCCCGUCUGGCGGCCGAUGUGCCCGCAACGUCAACACACGAUGUCCCGCAGCUCGCGCGCUCCCUGCAACGCUGCCUCCUCGCCCGCAAUGCCCUGCGUCUGCCGGCUACUCGCGCCAUCUCACGGUCCUACAAGGCGGCGGUAGUGCAUGCCCGCCGCUCGUACGCUACCACCACCACCACCGCGCGUGCCACGAAGCCAACCGAGACGGUGAAGAAGGCGGUCAAGGCGAAGGUGGCAGAGAAGCCUGCCCCCAAGAAGAAGGCGGCCACCACUACAAAGACCAGGACCAAGGCAGCAGCGACGCCCGCGAAAAAGCCUGCAGCAAAGAAGGUAGCCGCGAAGAAGCCAGUAGCGAAAAAGGCAGCACCGAAGAAGGCAGCCCCAAAGAAGCGCGCCAAGAGGGAGCUCACACCCGAGGCAAAACAGACGCUGAAGAUCAGAGAACUCAAGAAGAUCGCUUUGAAGUCGCCCGUUGCCCAGUCCACACUGCAGGGACGCCACGUCUUCAUCAGCGAGGCUUUGAGCGGAUCGACCAGUGUCACGACGGGCAUCGCCGACGCCAACGCGAAAUGGAGCGCCAUGAAGCCAGCAGAAGUUGAGCACUACAACCAUCUUGCCAACGAGAAGAACGCCGCCAGGAAAGCAGAAUACGAGACUUGGCUCGCGUCUCACACCACGGAAGAGAUUCGUGCCGCCAACAACGCACGCAGCCAGCUGAGGAGGAUUCUGCCGCCUGCCAAGAACGGAAACCACGCCCACACUAACAAGCUUCACGAUGACCGACAGGUGAAGCGACCGGUGAACGCCUACGUGCUCUUCUUCACGGACCGCAGAUCGAGUGGGGAUUUCAAGAGCAUCAGCACCACCGAGUGUGCCAAGCUCAUCGGGAACGAGUGGAAGGCACUGACCGCAAGCGAAAAGGGUAAAUACGAGGCACAGGCCAAGGAGCAAGCUGUGGCGCAGGCUUGAGCGGAACCCUUCCGUUCUUGGCUGGUCUGAAGUCGAUAUGUCCUUGACCUAUGUGUACCUUUGCUACUCGGGAAUUGUGAGGAGCUCUUGGCGUGUGUCAUCCUGUGGAUGAGUAUCAUGGACAAGGACAGCGAUCUCGUUCAAUCAUACUUUGUAUCGCGACGAGGUUUGGAAGGCAGUAUAAGAACAUGUCUGAUCUGGUCAUCACAUGCUACGGGUCUCUGGUCCAGAGCAUUGCGUAGAAACAACAUCGGAUAGUACAUAUAUAUACUAUUUGCUCUUAUC